AUGAUGCCCUCUAAGGGGACGUAAGUGCGCGCUUGAUCCGUUAGUCACCGUCGGGAGCAAAGUUGGACCUCCCGAAUAUCUCCCCCCGACCCUUCCUCGACAGGCAGCUGGAGCCUGCCUUCAGCUUGCUCCGGACGGAGCUUUUUUUUUUUUUUUUUUCCUUCUUUUUUUUUUUUUGGUCAGGCGCCGAUUUGGGCACCCCCUUCGCGAGACAGAGCGGGAGGCCCCCUCUCACACAUCCCGGAAGUAGCGGCGCGGAGCGGGCGGCAGGACCUGGGCGGGGGGCUGGGGCCGCCGCUGUCCCCACCGUCAUGGCAGCGCGGGGCCCGGGCUCCUCCGAGCACCUGGAGCGGCUGCACGAGAUCUUCCGGGAGCUGCACGGGCAGCUGCGCGUCCUCCCCGAGCGCCUACGGGGCGGCUUGGCCGAAGAGAAGAAGAAACUAAUACGAGAAUUUGAUGAGAAACAACGGGAAGCAAAUGAAACGCUGCGGGAGAUGGAAGAAGAAUUGAAGCAUGCGCCACUGCCCUUCCGCAACCAAAUGAUGAGCAAGAUCCGGGCCUACAAGAGAGACCUGUCAAUGUUCCAGAGAGAGAUGAGAAGCACAGAUCUGGGCUUGGUUCCUGGCAAUCGGGGAGACACAAAAUAUGGAAUCUACUCCAUGGAAAAUGAGCAGAGUACUCAGCUGCAGUCUCAGAGGGUGCUGGUUCUCCAGGGGACAGAUAGCCUGAACCGAGCCACUCAGAGCAUUGAGCGUUCACACCAAAUUUCUGCAGAGACUGAUCAGAUUGGUACCAAUAUAAUCGAGGAACUUGGGGAGCAGCGAGAGCAGCUGGAACGCACCAGAGGCAGAUUGGUGAACACAAAUGAGAACUUAAGCAAGAGUCGUAAGAUCCUUCGUUCCAUGUCCAGAAGAGUAACUACAAACAAGUUGCUGCUCUCUGUUAUCAUCAUCCUGGAACUAGCCGUCUUGGGAGGUGUGGUCUACUACAAGUUCUUCCGGAAAAGCUGAGCUUUCACGGCAGAAACUGAGACUGGUUUUCAUUACUGUCCAUCAAGCAUCAUAUGUGGACAUUGUAGCUGAGUUAUUGGAAGGCAGUAGCUCCAGAAAAGUGGAUGAGACAGCUCUUCCUAGUGAAGGGUCCUGUGACUGAACUGUCAGGUUCAACAGCACACACAAAAUGAAACUCUACUAACUCUAGGCAGGCACCAAGUGACGGUAAAAGAGAAAAUGCAGAGACACUGAUUGAAGUCAUGAUAAGAAUAAUAACAAGGUAAUAAAUGUUUUAUUACACAUUCAAUUUACAUAAUGUCUAAAUGAAUUAAAAUUCAGUACAUAAUACAGCAGUUAUUGAUCAGCUGGAAAAACUAGUUGUUUUUUUUAACCUAGAAGUAUUCCACUCUCCAAAUGUCUGAUACAGUCAGUCUUGCUCAAGCUGCACAAGUGGCUUGGUAGAGCU